ACGUCACAAAGGCCGGGUCGAAUGGAGCUACCCGGGCUCCCGGAAGAGGAGACGGCAGCAGCGGCAGUAGCAGCAGUGAGCGGCGGCAGCAGGGCAGUGGCAUGUGUGCGGCAUGGAGGGUAAGAGAGUGGAGAUCCCAAUCGAAGUGCUGGACGAUCUGUGCAGCCGAUUCAUUCUGCAUAUUCCAAGUGAAGAAAGGGACAAUGCGAUCCGAGUCUGCUUUCAGAUUGAGCUGGCCCAUUGGUUUUACUUGGACUUCUACGUGCAGAACACACCAGGAUUGCCUCAGUGUGGGAUAAGAGAUUUUGCCAAAUCUGUCUUCAGUCACUGUUCAUUUUUACUUCGAAAAGGAGAUGAUGUGGAAAAGAUUUUGGAUGAAUGGAAGGAGUACAAGAUGGGAGUUCCAACGUAUGGUGCAAUUAUACUCGAUGAAACACUAGAAAAUGUGCUCCUUGUUCAAGGUUAUUUGGCAAAAUCUGGAUGGGGUUUUCCAAAGGGUAAAGUAAAUAAAGAGGAGGCUCCACAUGACUGUGCUGUGAGAGAGGUUCUAGAAGAGACCGGAUUCGACAUUAGAGAUCGCAUUUGUAAAGAUGACUACAUUGAACAAAGAAUCAAUGAUCAACUAGCUCGAUUAUACAUAAUACCAGGUGUUCCAAAGGAUACAAAAUUUAACCCUAAAACGAGAAAAGAAAUCCGGAACAUUGAAUGGUUUUCCAUCGAGAAGUUGCCAUCCCAUAGGAAUGACAUGACUCCCAAGUCAAAACUGGGUUUAGCACCCAAUAAGUUUUUCAUGGCUAUUCCAUUUAUAAGGCCAUUAAGAGAUUGGAUAUCCAAAAACUAUGCAGAUUCUUCAGAUAGCGAUGGACUUGUAUCUAAUAACACAACACCAUCUAAAACUUUAUUGGAAAGGAUAAAUACAAGAAAAAGAGCUCGACAGAAUCAACAGUUAGUUGAUGGAUUUUCAGGAGACCAAUGGACAUGUUCAGUAAAACACAGACCACAGCAGAAGGCAUUCAGUCAAACCAAUCAGGUUGACCUUUCUGAAGCAAUAAAGAAUAAGUCACAUAAUGUCCGAGGCAAUGGCAGAAAACAGCAACAAGAUACACCUAACCAGAAGAAGAAGCCUAAUGGAGUAAACAGUCAGCAGGCCAAACAAUACCAGAUAUUGAAAUCUGACAAAAAACUUCAGCCACGGCGCCUGCAGGACAAUUUUGGAAUGGGUGCAGUUUGUGAACUAUGCAGUUCAAAUAAACUCAUGGAAUAUUCUGGGACAUGUAGAUCAGGUUCUGAUCUCUCUGAUUCCUGCAACGGGCACUCUGAUUUUUCAUCUAAUGCCUUUCUCAGCUUCAAGUUUGAUCGAGAUGCAAUAAUGAAAUGCUUUGACCUAUGACUGAAUGUUGGUCUUUGUGAAGGGAUCAGAAGGUUGGAAGGAACAUGUUUACAAGAUCAUUGAAAACUGGGCUUUCAUCCCUUGUGUGAAAGGGCCCAAGGAUUUUUAAAAAGUUUUUAAAAAUAUAAAUUAACAUGAUGUCAUGUUUGAAGCAAUUUAGCCUUUUUACACUAUUACCUUUUCAGUAUUUGGAAUUGACAAUAGGUUUUCUUAAAAUGGUUAUUUCAGUAACGUAGAACUGGAAAACAGGUUUUAACUAUUCACAUUACCAGCUUACUUUCUAUCCUGCUCCUCCACCUCUCUUAGUUUCAACUACUCUUUCUUAAUGUGCAAGCACAGUUGAAGGAUGUCUGACUUUUUCAAGUGGGAACUCAAAAAGGUGGGGUUAUUACAGAUUAUUUUAUUUAUGCAGUUUGAUGAAUUGUAAUUUUGGUGAUGCGAUAUAGUCCAGAUGCCGGUUAUUUUUUUGUUCCCCUGAUGUUCCUUUGUAGAAUUUCCAUUGCCUGAAAGGACACAUUGAAUGGUCUUCAUUGUUGGUGUAGUUAUAUGGUGUUCAAUUGUUUUCAUUUUACUGUUUGUUCACUCCUAGCAAUUCCCAGACCAGUAGUCCUGUAACAUGAACUGAUUUUUCCAUUUAUUCAGCAAUUUUUAAAGAAAUUUCUCAUUUUUCAUACAUUAGUACUGUGGCUGUUUGUCAUGAGAAUGGGAUAUCGGCUACUUAUUUUAAAAUGCCUGUCAGGCCAAUUGAGAAUGUAACCUCUUCUUUCUGUUACUCAAAUUAUUAAAAAGAUCAGUUGAGUAGUGAUUUGAAACCUACUAUUUGGAAAAUGUUUUAAGAAGUAAUUUAGUUAAUUAAAGCCCAUUGAUUCAAGUGGCUAUCGCUAAUGUAUAAAAAUAACCCUUGGUUAGCUGUGGUAAUGAGAACGUUGAUAUUAUAUAAAUAAUGGACAUUUUGUAGAUUAAAAUGUCAUCAGUCAUGAUGAAUAUUAGGCAAAAGGCUACCACAGAGUUAUCAGUCCAAAUUAGUGAGAUAAGGAAUAUACUUCUGAAAAGUGAUUUCAAAUUUAUCUAGCCAGCUCAUCUAUUUAAUGAAGAUACAACCUUGACUGUCAUCCUAUUGCAGAAAAAAACUCAAACAGAACAUCAUGAUUUUAACUAAGUCAGUUGUGCACUGCAAAACUAGUAUAUACUACACAAAUGAUGGUUUACUGUAAAGUGAUUUUAAAUUUUAACUUUUAAGGUUGUUCAAUUUGACAUACAAGUAGUCUAUUUGGUAUAAUAGUGUGUCUGGAUAGUACGAAAGUAACAACCAAAUAAAUUAUGAUGCUACAUUGUUUAAGAAAAUAUCUAUUCUUCUUGUUAGCAUUUAUAACCUUCUGAACGGAGGAUUUUAAAACAUUGAUAGUAUUGUUGUAAUAAAGUGUGCAUUUGUUUAUCCCACUUUCACGCAGUGGGAGAAUUUGAGCAAAGGAUGUAGAUUUUGGGAUUGAGACUAUUUUUAGCUUUUAAAAAAUAAAUAAAAUCUAUUUACAUAUGAA